UAGCAGAUCAGCUCACAGAGCAACAGAUGUGGCCCACACCCAUUCGAGGGAGAGAGAAAAAAAAACACAUUGCUCAUGGGUCUCCAACUUAACACCACUGUCAACUUAACAGCAAAGCAGUUGCACAAAUUCAUCAAGGAAAGGGAGUUAAUGAGUUCUGGAAUUGCACUGACUGACAUCAUCAUGAAGGCAUCAACCACAGCAGGUCCGGCAAAAACCAUGACAUCGCCAGAAGCCUUCGAACAAGGAAUCAUUGAGGUCGUCACCCGUCUGGUCACACAGAAUUUCACAGAACACUUCACACAACCCUUCAGAGCUGGAGUUCUGACAACAACUUCUUCAGAUAUGACUGAAACAAACUCAGCCGCUUUUUUAGUGGGAGCCGCCCACGUAGAGGAUGGAUCCUUUGAAGCCAUUUUCGGAGGAGUCAUUUUUGCCCUGCUCCUGGCGCUGCUCCUGGCGUUGCUGGUACUGCGCUACAUUGUCAAGCAUAAGGGCACUUACCACACCAACGAGGCCGACUGUGGUGAUUCCGUCGACAAGUUUGGCGGUGACUCUCAAAGCGAGCAGGUUCAACUAGAGAUUUUGGACAAGGAAGAAUAGAAAGAAGGAUACUUCAUUUGAAACAGGAUCUUGUUCCAUUUCUAAACCAGGGCCAAUAUUUUCUAUGGAAUUGGAAAUGCCUAUGAUGGUCAUCUAAUUUCAAGACAACAUUUAUAUGGGGACUACAACCAUCUCAGCUCUGCAGAUUUUGCUACGAAGUGACAAAAUAAUUAGAUCACUUAUUUUUGUAUUGCCCAUAUAGUAUAUACACUAUAUAUGCAAAAGUAUGAGGACACCCCUUCAAAUUAGUGGAUUGGCUAUUUCAGCCACAUUACAGUCUUAUUCUACAGCUUUAUUUCCCUCAUCAAUCUACACAAAAUCUCAUAAUGACAAAGCAAAAACAGUUAUUUAUCUAUUUUUGCAAAUGUAUAUUUUUUUAAACUGAAAUAUCACAUUUACAUAAGUAUUCAGAUCCUUUACUCAGUACUUUGUUGAAGCACCUUUGGCAGUGAUUACAGCCUUGAGUCUUCUUGGGUAUGACGCUACAAGCUUGGCACACCUGUAUUUGGGGAGUUUAUCCCAUUUUUCUCUACAAAUCCUCUCAAGCUCUGUUAGGUUAGAUGGGGAGAGUUACUGCACAGCUAUUUUCAGGUCUUGGGUUCAAGUUCGGGCUCUGGCUGGGCCACUCAAGGACGUUCAGAGACUUGUCCCAAAGCCACUCCUGCAUUGUUUUGGCUGUGUGCUUAGGAUCGUUGUCCUGUUGGAAGUUGAACCUUCAAGCCAGUCUAAGGUCCUGAGGGCUCUAGAAAAGGUUGUCAUUAAUGAUCUCUCUGUACUUUGCUCAGUUCAACUUUCCCACAAUCCUGACUAGUCUCCCAGACCCUGCCACUGAAAAAAAAUCACACAACAUGAUGCAUCAUGCUUCACCGUAGGGAUGGUGCCAGGUUUACUCCAGACGUGACUCUUGGCAUUCAGGCCAAAGAGUUCAAUCUUGGUUUCAUCAGACCAGAGAAUCUUGGAGAAUCUCAUGGUCUGAGAGUCCUUUAGGGGCUUUUAUUGGGCACAAUCCAAGCGAGCUGUCAUGUGCCUUUUACUGAUGAAGGGUUUCCGUCUGGCCACUCUACCAUAAAAGCCAGAUUGGUGGAGUGCUGCAGAGAUGAUUGUCCUUCUGGAAGGUUCUCCCAUCUCCAUAGAGCAACUCUGGAGUGCUGUCAGAGUGACCAUCCGGUUCUUGGUCACCUCCCUGACCAAAGCCCUUCUCCCCCGAUUGCUCAGUUUGGCCAGGCGACUAGCUCUAGGAAGAGUCUUGUUGGUUCCAAACUUGUUCCAUUUAAGAAUGAUGGAGGCCACUGUGUUCUUGGGGACCUUCAAUGCUGCAGAAAUGCUUUGGUACCCUUUCCCAGAUCUGUGCCUCGACACAAUCCUGUCUCGGAACUCUAUGGACAAUUCCUUCGACCUCAUGGCUUGGUUUUUGCUCUGUCAUGCACUGUCAACUAUAGACAGGUGUGUGCCUUUCCAAAUCAUGUCCAAUCAAUUGAAUUUAUCACAGGUGGACUUCAACCAAGUUGUAGAAACAUUCAAGGAUGAUCAGUGAAAACAGGAUGCACCAGAGCUCAAUUUAGAGUCUCAUAACAAAGGGUCUGAAUACCUAUGUAACAUUAGAGUGUCUAGUUUGAGAAACAAACGCCUCACAAGUCCUCAACUGGUAGCUUCAUUAAAUAGUACCAGCAAAACACCAGUCUCAACCUCAGUGAACCAGUGAAGAGGCGAAUCCGUGAUGCUGGCCUUCUAGGCCGAGUUGCAAAGAAAAAGCCAUACCUCAGACUGGCCAAUAAAAAGAAAAGAGUAAGAUGGGCAAAAGAACACAGACACUGGACAGAGGAACUCUGUCUAGAAGGCCAGCAUCCCAGAGUCGCCUCAUCACUGUUGAUGUUGCUCAGUUGUGCACCAGGGCCUCCCACUCCUCUUUCUAUUCUGGUUAGAGACAUUUUGCACUGUUCUGUGAAGGGAGUAGUACACAGCGUUGUACGAGAUCUUUAGUGUCUUGGCAAUUUCUCGCAUGGAAUAGCCAUCAUUUCUUAGAACAUGAAUAGACUGACGAGUUUCAGAAGAAAGUUAUUUUUUUCCGGCCAUUUUGAGCCUGUAGUCAAACCCACAAAUGCUGAUGCUCCAGAUAUUCAACUAGUCUAUUGAAGGCCUGUUGUAGUGCUUCUUUAUCAGAACAACAGUUUUCAGCUGUGCGAACAUAAUUGCAAAAUAGUUUUCUAAUGAUCAAUUAGCCUUUUAAAAUGAGAAACUUAGCUAACACAACGUGCCAUUGUAGCACAGGAUUGAUGGUUGCUGAUAAUGGACCUCUGUACGCCUAUGUAGAUAUUCCAUAGAAAACAUGCCUUUUCCAGCUACACUAGUCAUUUACAACAUUAACAAUGUCUACUCUGUAUUUCUGAUCAGUUUGAUGUUAUUUUAAUGGACACAUUUUUUUUUCAUUUCUUUCAAAAACAAGGAAAUUCUAAGUGACCCCAAACUUUUGAACGGUAAUGUAUGCUCAAAGUAUUAACAUCGCAAAAUACUGUAUCAGUGACUAAAUAUGGUCAAGUUUAUGUUGAAGAUAAUGCAUGUUUUAUCACAUGAAAAUGCCAUUCGAUUGUGGGUAUGUAUCAAGCUACACAUUUGAUACAUUUUCACAGUCAUGGAUUAAAUCAGCCAAACUUUUUUCCCAA